ACCUAAACCUACUGACUCCCUUGAUCCCAAAAGGCCGAUCACGUUCCUCAAGGCUAUCAUCCGCCCAGAUAGAGUCAGCAUCUGCAUCAAGUCCAACUACUCUGUAACCGUUUGCUUGACCUUCAAUCGCUUCUGCCACCUUUUUUUCCAACCUUCUCAACAAUGCGACCUUUUGUCGACGAUACGAAGCGGCGGGCAGACCGUAGACUUAGCGCAAGCAAGCAGUCCAUCUCGUCUAGCCGCAUCUUCGCCAGUGCUUUCCCCGAACGACUGAAAGACGACCACGAUGCUCAAGCCGACUUCUCUGCGCCUCCAGGUGGCGUCACAGCCCGCGACGGUCACAUGCAGUACAUGCAACAAUCCAUAUUCUCCAUGAUCGCCGCUGUAGGAUCUCGAUCGGAUUUCCAUGCACGAUUCGACGAAUCUAGCGACAGCGAAGGGGAGACUGAAGAUCGUACACCACGAGAGCCUGGAGACGUGCCAUCGACAUCUGCGUUGCCCAACAAGGUCGGGCCUGAAAGCAGCCGGUCUCCCAAGCCCACGAGCCCAACGCAGGAUAGAGGGCGACGUCACCAAAGGGUCCUGUCCGAGAAUAAGCUUUUGCGAUCAUAUAUGUCGACCGCCCAGCGAGGCAUAGGGCGGCAGCCCACCAUACAUUCAGAGCCUCCUACAGAUGAUGAGAUGUCUCGGGCCUCGACCCCCAGAAGACCACGCAGUGCUACGCCGCGGGCGGCUCCUGUUCUCAGUCGCAUGGUCGAAGCCCAAGCCGCACUAGAGACGAGGGAAGCGUCCGGAAGUUCUUCGGAUCGUGCGGGUGACGAAAGCGACAAAGAUGGCAAGCAGUCGUCGGGGUCUUCACUCUCCAUUCGACUCAAGGAGAUGUUUGGGUUCGAGACCCCGGAGAAAGUGGUCGUCGAGUACGCAUGUUCUCUGUUGCAGAGUAUGCUGCUGCAAGGGUACUUAUAUGUCACGGAAGGCCAUAUCUGCUUCUACGCCUAUUUACCGAAGAAAUCCACCGUGGCUAUCAAAUCGGGCCAUCUCCACAAACGGGGCCGGAAGAAUCCGAAAUACAAUCGCUACUGGUUCUCGUUGAAAGGCGAUGUACUAUCAUACUAUGCGGACCCGUCGAAUCUGUACUUCCCUAGCGGUCAUGUUGAUCUCCGCUAUGGAAUCUCUGCAUCUCUAGCGGAGCCAAAGGACAAGAGCCGGGAAACGAGAGAUUUCCAGGUCACGACGGAUCAGCGAACCUACUACUUCAGGGCAGACAGCUCUGCGAGUGCCAAAGAAUGGGUUAAGGCUCUACAGAAAGUCAUUUUCAGAACUCACAACGAGGGCGACAGUGUCAAGAUUUCCUUUCCAAUCGAGAGCAUUAUCGACAUCGAGGAAAGCCCGAUGGUUGACUUUGCUGAAACCUUCAAGAUCCGCAUUGUGGAGAGCGAAGAGACAUAUGCCAUUGAUGAGUACUACUUUUCAUUCUUCGAUUCCGGCCAAGAUGCUUUCAACUAUAUUAAAGGUCUCGUGGAUAAUUCUCCGAUGAAGAGAUCUCAACAGACUCUAUCACCUCAACCCGAUCGCUCCUGUCGCUCCCGGGUGGCGCAAAAUAGGUGGUCGAUCACCAGUGGGACAAGCCAGCCUCGGGGCAUCGCAAAUGCUAGCAUGCAGCGAAGAAGAAGUGCAAGUGUCGGCCCGGUCGGUUUUGGCAAUGAUGCGAUGGCAAUGUCUCCUUCCCUGAAACAACAGGAUUCUUCGAUAUCGUUCAGUAAUACCCUGGAGCAAACCACAGAAUCUUCAACUCUGUUGCAGUCUAUGACAGAUACAACGGAAUCAGCCAGUCAGAUCUUGAAUAGGAGCGACGUCUUCCACUCGCCCACAAUCCAAAGCUUGCGGAGGGGUUCCGCGGCUAAUAGGACCCCGCGUCGAUUCUCGGAUGAGACGACUCGAUCGAUGCACGCCUAUGCUCAUGAUGGCACAGGGGCCGCGUUGACAAGAGAAGGACAAGAAACUCAGUAUGCACUGAGUGACCUCGAUCAGGAGACUCAAAGUUCUUCCCGAGCUCAGCCCUCGGCGCACGCGUUGAAUGACAUCGUACGGGCGGGAACGUAUCCCCUACAGCGCGCUGCAGGGUUUGCCGAAUUCCUGCGAACACGCUCGAAGCAGAUGAGCAACAUUCUCGCAAGCGAGUCUAUGGGCUACAUUGAGAAGGUGUCCGGGAUGUGGGCCGGGGGCCGCAAGCAUUAUGGCGAAGCCGAGGGGAUACUGGCCGAUGACCAGGCUGUCGAUCCUGAAGACAAGGAAGGAGGCUGUAAUGAUGGCGACCGUUUCCGUGCGCACUUUGCGCUACCACCAACGGAGAAACUUCAAGCUACCUACUUCGCACACCUGCACCGAGUGCUACCUCUCUACGGAAAAAUCUACAUCAGUCAGAAGAAGCUCUGCUUCCGCAGCCUUCUGCCGGGCACUCGCACGAAGAUGGUUCUUCCCUUGAAAGAUAUCGAAAACGUCGAUAAGGAAAAGGGCUUCCGAUUUGGCUAUCAUGGCCUUGUGGUCGUGAUCCGAGGGCAUGAAGAGCUGUUCUUCGAGUUUAGUGCUUCUGAUAUCCGGGAUGAUUGUGCUGUGACAUUACAUCAAGGCUUGGAGGCUGUGAGAUUUCUGGCAGAGUCCGGUUUACUUGCCGCAGAAGAGGAAAAAGAUGAUUCGGAAGAAGCUAAGGCCGAGCAUCGCAUGCUCCAAGAAGCAAGGCUGGAUGCAUCCGCUUUGCAUAGCUCUCGCUCCCCACUCGUGGAGUCCUCUGAACUGCACCCGAUCUUCGAUGAUCCACGCGCCUCUAUUAUCAACUUCAAACCGCCCGAGUCGUUGAGAAUCACUUGUCUGACCAUCGGCUCACGCGGUGAUGUACAGCCAUACAUCGCUUUGUGCAAGGGCCUCCUUGCGGAAGGCCAUCGACCUAGGAUCGCAACUCAUGCUGAGUUCGGGCCGUGGGUGAGAAAGCACGGCAUUGAUUUUGCACCCGUUGACGGUGACCCCGCGGAACUAAUGCGGAUUUGCGUAGAAAAUGGGAUGUUCACCUAUUCCUUUCUCAAAGAGGCUUCCAUGAAGUUCCGGGGCUGGAUUGACGAUCUUUUAUCGUCUGCCUGGAAGGCUUGUCAGGAUAGUGACUUGCUCAUUGAGUCACCGAGCGCAAUGGCUGGUAUCCAUAUCGCAGAGGCCCUCCGGAUCCCAUACUUCCGUGCCUUCACGAUGCCCUGGUCCAGGACACGAGCUUAUCCGCAUGCAUUCGCCGUUCCCGAGCACAAGAUGGGCGGAGCCUACAACUAUAUAACAUAUGUUAUGUUCGACAAUGUCUUCUGGAAGGCUAUCGCGGGACAGGUGAAUCGGUGGAGAAAGAACGAGCUGGGUCUCAAAGCCACUGGGCUAGACAAAAUGCAACCAAAUAAGGUGCCGUUCCUAUACAACUAUUCCCCUACCGUGGUACCCCCACCACUGGACUAUCCGGACUGGAUCCGUAUCACUGGAUACUGGUUCUUAAAUGAAGGAACGGACUGGACACCACCAGCCGAUUUGGUGGAAUUCAUUCAACGGGCCCGCGCCGAUGGCAAGAAGAUUGUAUAUAUUGGAUUUGGCUCAAUCGUCGUCUCCGACCCAUCCGCUCUCACCCGGACUGUUGUCGAGUCUGUUCAGAAGGCGGAUGUCCGUUGCAUUCUGUCUAAGGGAUGGUCUGAUCGGCUGGGAGACCCUUCGAGUACAAAAUCAGAGAUUCCCCUGCCGUCGGAGAUCUUCCAGAUCCAGGCGGCGCCACACGACUGGCUCUUUUCGCAGAUCGAUGCCGCGGCGCAUCACGGUGGGGCGGGAACCACUGGAGCUAGCUUGCGUGCUGGCGUUCCUACUAUUGUCAAGCCUUUCUUUGGUGACCAGUUCUUUUUCGGCACGCGGGUCGAGGACCUGGGAGUGGGAAUCUGCAUGAAGAGGCUGAACGUGGCCUUGUUCUCAAGAGCUCUAUGGGAAGCCACGCAUGCUGAGCGGAUGAUCGUGAAAGCGCGUGAACUGGGCAAACAGAUCCGCAGCGAAGACGGAGUGAAUACCGCCAUCCAGGCCAUCUACCGUGACCUGGAAUAUGCAAAGACCUUAGCCCGACAGCGCUCGAUUGUUUCAUCGACGCCGUUCUCUCCGACCCCCGCAGCUAAGACGAUCGCCGAGCAGGAGGCCGACGAUGAUGUGGCAGACAUCGAAGAAUGGACCUUCGUGGGCGAUGACACGGAGGUUGAAAUCACGAAGCGAAUGCGCGAGUGAACAGUGUUCCAUACACGAGAACCGCAUAUGUGGGUUCGACUUACUAAAUAAUGACUGAUGACUACGUAGUCCAACAUGGAUAAUCGACAGUAAUGAGAUUUUGUUUUGCGGUGGUCAGGACGCAUGAAGCAGGAUUGUAUGCGCGGGCGUCUAUCAUGCUUUGCUUUUUGCUUUUUGACGAUUCAUGACGCUUUGCUGGGGAUACUUCCG